CUCUCAUUCCUCUCUCUAAAACGGUGAAGAGAAGAGGUAACCAGCUAGGGUUUUGGCCUCUAAACCCUAGAACUGAUCAGAAGUUUUCACUUCCUAUUUAUGUAAUUUAGGGUUUCAAAAUGCUUGUGUUGUUUGAAACUCCGGCGGGUUUUGCCCUAUUCAAGGUAUUGGAUGAAGGGAAGCUCUCCAAAGUUGAGGACUUGUGGAAGGAGUUCUCCAGUUCAGAAUCGGCCAGACAGGUGGUGAAGCUGAAAGCUUUUUCAAAGUUUGAGAACACAACAGAGGCUCUUUCAGCAGCUACCUUGCUGAUUGAUAGCAAACCCAGCAAAGGUCUGCGCAAGUUCUUGCGUGUUCAUUGUGAUGGAGAAACAUUAGCUGUGGCUGAUUCUAAACUUGGAAAUGCGAUUAAGGAGAAACUGCAAAUUGAAUGUGUUCACAACAAUGCUGUUAUGGAGCUAAUGAGGGGAGUGAGAAGUCAGUUGACUGAACUCAUAUCUGGUCUUGCUGUUCAAGAUUUGGCUCCAAUGAGCCUAGGUUUAUCUCACAGCCUAUCUAGAUACAAGCUAAAAUUCAGUCCUGACAAGGUUGACACCAUGAUCAUCCAAGCUAUUGGCUUGCUGGAUGAUCUUGAUAAAGAACUUAACACAUAUGCUAUGAGGGUUCGAGAAUGGUAUGGUUGGCAUUUUCCAGAGCUUGCAAAGAUUGUGCAAGAUAACAUCCUCUACGCCAAAGCAGUGAAGCUGAUGGGUAACCGCACAAAUGCUGCAAAACUUGAUUUCUCUGAGAUAUUGCCAGAAGAAGUUGAGACAGAAUUGAAAGAGGCAGCCAUGAUAUCAAUGGGAACUGAAGUUAGUGACUUGGAUUUGAUGAAUAUCAAAGAGUUGUGCGACCAAGUUUUGUCUCUUUCAGAGUACAGGGCUCAACUGUAUGAUUAUUUAAAAAGCAGGAUGAACACCAUUGCUCCAAAUUUAACUGCUCUUGUUGGAGAGCUUGUUGGUGCUCGGCUUAUUGCUCAUGGGGGCAGCUUAUUAAAUCUUGCAAAACAGCCUGGAAGCACGGUCCAGAUUCUUGGUGCAGAAAAGGCUCUGUUCAGAGCUCUGAAAACAAAGCACGCAACUCCCAAGUAUGGGCUUAUCUAUCAUGCAUCCUUGAUUGGCCAGGCAGCCCCGAAGCUCAAGGGAAAAAUUUCUCGAUCACUUGCUGCCAAAACUGCAUUGGCAAUUCGAUAUGAUGCUCUUGGAGAUGGCCAAGAUAACUCUAUGGGACUGGAGAAUCGAGCCAAGCUUGAAGCACGGUUAAGGAAUCUUGAAGGCAGAGAAUUAGGUCACUCUGCUGGGUCAGCCAAAGGCAAACCAAAGAUAGAAGUCUAUGACAAGGAUAGGAAGAAGGGCUCAGGGGCAUUGAUAACUGCUGCCAAGACUUACAAUCCAGCGGCAGACUCUGUUCUUGGAAGGAUAGAAGAUUCAGCAGCUGGGGAAGAGGAAGAAAUGAUCCCAAAAAAGAGGAAGAAGGAAGUAGAGCCAUCUCAACCCGAGGACACCCUUAUUGUGGUUGAAGAGAAGAAAGAAAAGAAAGAAAAGAAAAAGAAGAAAAAGGCCGAUGUAGAGGACGUCAGCUUGCCAAAUGAUGUAGUUGGUGAUGCAGAACCAGAAAGUGAAGAGGUGGUGAAAAAGGAAAAGAAGAAAAAGAAGAAGCACUCAGCCGAGAAUGAUGAAUUGCAAAAUGAAGGUGAAGCAGGAGAAAAAAAGAAGAAAAAGAGAAAGCAUGCUGAACCCGAAGAGGAAACCAAAGAGCCUAGCAAGAAGAAAGAGAAAAAGAAGAAGAAGAAGAGUGAAGACUGAGGACUUUGAUGGGCGUAGUCAUCAAUCCAUGAGUUGCAAACCUAACAAUUUUGAGCAUCCUAGGCAUUGUUCGGUACGUUGUAAAAUUUGCUUGUAGUUGAUUUCUUCUUCCUCUGGUAGUGUGGUUUCUUAAGUCAAUUUCUCCAAUUUCUUUGUCGUUGAGGGGAACAUAUGGUCUCAAGCAUCUGUAUUACCAUCUAUUCAGGAGCCCCAAAAGCUUCUAAAUACGGCCCAUGUAGGGGUGAUAAAGAUGAGAUAUUGGCGUAUGCACAGACAAUUAUGGUUGAAAGUGGAUAUAUAUUAAAUGCUUUUUGUCCAAUA